UGGGUCAUCAUUAUCUGCACUCUUUUGGAACACGUUCGCCGGAGUCUUGAUUUGAGUUCAAGAAGUUCUGUGGUGGCAUAGCUAGUAUAUAUUUGCAUUAUUUUUAAAAGUCAUACAUUACAGAUAAACACAACUUUUUUUAGGCAUGCCUAUCACACCGGAAGGUCGAAAGAGUCCAAGCAGGGCAUUUUUUCAGUCUCCUAAUGUAAGAACACGAGUUCAAGAGAAAGAAGAACUUUCAGAUCUAAAUGAUCGUUUAGCAACAUACAUCGAUCGUAUGAGAUAUCUGGAGCACCAAAAUACCAAACUAUCUGCAGAAAUAUCGACCUCGAAAGAAAAUGUUUCUAGGGAAGUCGCAAAUGUUCGAAGCUUGUUUGAAACAGAACUUGCAGAAGCAAGAAAAUUAUUGGACGAUACUGCAAAGGAAAAGGCUUUGUUGCAGUUAGAAAAUAACAAGUUAACUGGUGUAGUUGAAGAUUUGCGUUCAAGGCUUGAAAAAGAGAGUGCUUUACGUUCUCGUGCUGAAGAUGAAUUAAAACGAAUUGAAAGACGAUUGCAUGAGAAAGAAUCUUUGUUAGUUGUAAUCACUAAGGAACGCAAAGAGCUUGAUCAGCAAGUAAAAGAUUUAGAAAAACAGUUAAAACAAUUACAAGAUGAAUUGGAGAAACAAAAAUCUGGAUUGGAAGAAGAGAUUAUUCGAAGAGUUGAUGCAGAAAACAGAGCACAAACCCUUCAAGAAGAAGCAGACUUUUACAAACAAGUUCAUGCAAAGGAGCUAAAUGAAUUGCGAAGUAAACAGGAAAUGAAAUUUACAAUGGAAACUGAUGGUGCUUCAGAUUAUGAUAAUUUACUACGUGACAAACUUCAAGAACUCCGUGAUGAAUUUGAAGAGGAAGCUGAGAAUGCUAGACAAGAGCUUGAAGAAGCAUACAAGCAAAAAUAUGAUGAACUCCGAAGCAUUAGUGAUAGAGAUCGCAGUCAUGUUACAAGGUUGAUUGAAAGAAAUAAUGAAAUCAAAACAGAACUGGAAAACCUUAAAUCAGAUUAUAGUGUGCUAGAAGCCAAGAAUACACAGUUGAUGAAAAGAAUUACUGAGUUGGAGAGUUUAAGAGCAAUGGACAAGGAUGACUUUAAACGUCAAUUACAAGAGCGUGAUUCAAGAAUUACAAGUCUAAGUGACAAGAUUGAUGAUUUAGAAAAAGAAUACGAAACACUUUAUGGCAUCAAAAUCGCUCUAGAUAUGGAAAUAGCUGCUUAUCGAAAGUUGCUUGAAGGGGAAGAACAGAGGUUGCACAUUUCCUCACCUACAGCAACACGUUCUGUGUCACGACGUGGGACAAAACGCUCUCGUCACGAAUACGAAGUACAACCUGUUGAGAGCAGUUCAUCAGGAGGGGUUGAAAUAGCUGAAUCUGAUACAGAAGGCAAAUUUAUCAAGCUUCACAACAAGAGUGAGACAGAUGAAGCAUUAGGAGGAUGGCACGUGCAACGAAUUGUUGAUGGUAAGGAAGACGAUGCAGUGGAAUACAAGUUUACACCUAAAUUUGUGUUAAAGGCUGGUCACAGUGUUACAAUUUGGAGUAACUCCACUGGUGUGAAAAGUAAAGCACCAACUGAUCUUGUAUUGAGAAGUGUCGACUGGCCUAUUGGAAAUUCUAUUGUGACUUCUGUUAUCAAUAAUGAAAGUGAGAUUGUGGCGAAGCAUACACUUGCGACUGUUGUAACUGAGGAGACGGGGCCAAAUAUAAGAAGAUCUAGAAAGCGACGAGCAGGUGCGGAGAGAGAAUCGUGUGCUGUGAUGUAAUUGUUGACUAGAAUGAAUAUUUUUACCAGCAGAUAUCCGAACAACGUACGAAACUGCUUCUGUAUUUUUUACAUUUAAGUUUUAACGCGUUAAUAAUAUUUUGUGGGUAGGAGAAACCGAAUAACCAAUUUUAAUUGUACAGAAUUUUAUCGGAAACGUUCAGACACAAGAGUUGAAUCAUUAAAGUCUAAGUGUUUUUUUGCACCUAUCGAUUUUUUCAGGUGGUUUUAAUACCUUCUUUUUUGUAGUUUAUAUUUACACGCUGUCCAUAUUGUAAACGUUUUUUAUUUUAUUUUAUUAUUUGUUUUCUCCUUUUGACUUCUAGUAUAUAUGUUACUUAGGAUUAUUAAUUCUAAUUUUACGUUAUGGAAGGCACGAUUCAAUAUAGACCGCUAAUUAAAAGCAAAAGUGUGAUAAAACAACUCUAUUUUCAUAUUGACGGUUUAUCAUGCAAAACAGAAUAUUGUAUAGAACAUGAUUUUAAAAAAUGCCUUCCAUUUA